AUGGAACAAUCGUUCAACCAAGGCUUGCCUUCCGACCUCCGGGUAAUGUCGUUCCAGCUUCGGCUGAUGACGAUUAUUGGACUGAUUGGGCUCAAGAAUCACUUCUAUCGAUUCCUGCUGGCAUUCGGAUGGGGAACAUUUGUAAUUUUGUUACCCAAAAUUGUGCUAGGCAUGGGAAGCACCCAGUUCGACAUUAUCAUAAAAGGGCUAUCCGAACUGUUGUUUCAAGUGAAUCUGUACGCUUCGGUGGGACUGCUGGUGCUGAAAUUAUCUUCGUUCAAACGAAUGGUUCUUCUCAUUGGCGAUAUCAUCGGACAAGUGACCGAUAACAAAUGCGACAGUGAAAGCCACGAUUUGAUCCGAGUGCAGAACAUCAAAGUCAACAAAUUUGCAAAGUUCUACUUUGCGUAUUGUUCCGUCGGGCCUCUGAUCUAUUGCGUUCCAGCCAUGGCCACCAGCUACGUGCGUUACUUCAGCUAUGUCCAAAGCGAUACGAAUGUCAGUGGAGACGCACACAAGCAACUGCAGUUCGAGCUCGCGAUGGAACAAGAAUUCUACGGUCUACACGUUCGAACGAACUUCGUCCACUAUCAUAUCUUCAUGGCAGUGUCCCUAUCGGCUUACUACAUUUGCUCGUACAUUUCGGUAAUCAAAGUCACAACUCUGCUGAGUGCGAUUCGGUACAGCUCAACCAGUCACAGUCUGGUUAAGACACAGAUUAGACAAUUGGAGCAAAAAGAGAUUGUAACAAUUAACGAUAUCAGGAGGAUCGUCCAGUUGCACGAGAAGGCAUUCCGGUUAACCGCCUUGGUAGAAGACAUGGUGAGCAUCCCGCUGGCGAUGCAAUUCCUCACUUGUAUUCUGUUCUGGUGUCUGGUGAUGUUCUACAUUUCUACGAACAUCAACCUAAAUCUAUUCAACGUGAUGAUCCCGUUCGGUUUGUCAAUGAUCGAAACGUACGGCUACGCGUAUUUGGCAUCGGAGUUGACUGCCGAAGCAAAGUCAGUGGGCGAUGCUGUCUAUGGCCUACCGUGGUACCAGGACAGCCUCGAGUUGCAGCGUUACUAUCGAUUGAUAAUACAGAGAACGCAGUGUGAAACAGGAAUUACCGCAGCGAAGUUUUUCAUCGUGGGAAUUGGGAAGUUUGGUCGGGUGGUGCAAAUGUCGUACUCGUACUAUCUGGUCCUGAAAGAUGUGUUCAUCAAAUUGUAA